AUACGUAUAUAAGAACUAUUAAGAUUAGAAUAAGAUGCAUUUUAUUAUCGUCUCUUAUACAGAUUACAGUAUCACCUUCCGUCGACAUAUUAUUACAAAAGCUGAGAUGAAAAAAAUACUAUGUUUAAUGUGUUUCGCUACAAUAAGCGUUGAAGUUUUUUGUACAAACCUGAGAUUUAAAAGACAAAAUGAUAUCUUAAUCUUAUUUGAUGAAGGCGGAAUCGGUCCAACGCCAGGUCAAACCGAAACACCUGGUGAAAAUACCGGCCGAAGUGAUAAUGACUGUCGUCGCUCGUGUCCCGUGACCGCGGAGUACAAUCCUGUCUGUGGUUCUAACAACGUCACUUAUCCGAAUCCUAGCAUACUAAGUUGCGCCCAGGCCUGUGGAGUCAAUGUAACCUUAGCGAGGCCGAAUCGCUGUACGGUUACAACACCAGCUCCCAAUUAAAUGAAUAAAGUUAUGAAGAACUUAA